AUGAAAGACCAAAUCAAAACAGCAAACAAAUUUCUUCUUAACCGCUACAAUAAAAUAAAGCCAUCAAUUAAAGAACAAGCUUUUAGACUUACAUGGGUUAAUUUUAUACGUAAGAAAGUUAUUAAAAUAUAUCCAAAUUCUUCUAUAAAUCUUUUUGGUAGUUUUUUUACUGGUCUUUAUGUCCAUUCUAGUGACAUCGACAUAUCAUUGAAGAUAGAUACCACUGAUCAGAAUUUGGUCUUAAAAAAUAUAAAACAUGAACUUUACAAAACAGGGUUAUUUACUUUUAUUAAUCAUUUAUCUCAUG